UAAAAAAACGGAAUUCCCUAGAACAAUAUCAUAAACAAGCGCAAUAACCAUAAUCAACUGUCGAUGCAGUUUUAGCAUCGGCUCUGUAGCGCGAACAGCAGGUCAACGGGGUGAAUCGUUUCGCAAUCGCUAUACGGGUCUAGUACAUAAACAAACGAUGGAGUAACGUCUCUGCCGGUUCUGUUACAGUUCAUAAUUACGGUAAUACAAUCCGACAGCCAAACAGUCUGGUAGGCUGCUCAUCGCUGGCAAGAGGGUUCUUGAGAUGGCGUUCAGAACAAACUUCAUUAUCAUUGGCUGCGUCUUCUUGCUGUUGUCGAUGCAUUCGGUGCCGACUGAGGCGAAGGUGUACCAAAAAUGUCCCCUGGUAAAGCUGCUGGAUGGUCAGCAGAUUUCCAGGACAUUGAUUUCGAACUGGAUCUGCAUGAUCAAUGCCGAAAGUGGCGGCGACACAUCGAAGGAGGUGACUUUGGACAACAAGACUACCAGCUAUGGUAUCUUUCAGAUCAACAGCAAGGAGUGGUGCCGUGCGGGCCGUAAGGGGGGAAAGUGCAACACAAACUGUGAAGCAUUCCUGAACGAUGAUAUUUCCGAUGACAUUGAUUGUGCUAAGCUCAUAUACAAGGAUCAAGGUUUCUCCUACUGGAAGGGAUGGGUCAACAAGUGCAAGCAGAAACCACUACCGGAUAUUUCCAUGUGUUGGAAGUGAGAUGGCGGGAGACAGAGGAGGGGAAGCUUCAAAAUGCAAACACCAAAAGUCGGAAGUCGGCGGGACGGAUUAUGCAAAUAAUGGACUCGAAUGUGUCUCGAGAGAAGUGUAAAUAGAAGGAUGAGUCAACAGCGAUGCUGGGAGAUGUUCGGA